AGAGAAGUCUAGGGGUAGCAGUUAGCAAUGAGCUUGACACUGUCUGUUUGGGGAAUCAACAGUAAUAGCUUUGGGAAGCCACACUCUGAAGACUCCAGUCCACAAAGCACCUUCCAUCAAGACUUACAGGAUCUUAGUGGUGAUGCAACCCUUUUAAAGAGUUUUAAAUGGCUUUGUUCUUCAGUGGAUACUCUGUAAGGAUCAGGAUGUCUCCAAGACUGCUCUCUACCAGCAAGGACAAGAAACGGAUGAAUUAUGAGUCUUGACAAUUGCUGAUCUUGGGCUUCUGGGGAGGUCCUUUAUUAAAUUGAAAUCUUAGUGCCCUCCUCACUACCUCCAAGUGCUUCCUUGCCUGAACCCCCAGUCAUCUCCCAACUGGAAAAAAUGCUUGGAAACAACACGACUGUGAUGACUCUGACUCCUGGCAGCGUAGUAUAUAUCAUCAUAGAGAUUAUUAUUGGACUUUGUGCCAUUGUAGGCAAUGUGCUGGUCAUCUGGGUGGUAAAGUUGAACCCAAGCUUGCAGAAUACCACCUUCUAUUUCAUUGUCUCUUUGGCCCUGGCUGACAUCGCUGUGGGUGUGCUGGUCAUGCCUCUUGCCAUAGUGAUUAGCUUGGGCAUUAUUAUUCACUUCUAUAAUUGCCUUUUUAUGACCUGUCUGAUGUUGGUCUUUACCCACGCCUCCAUCAUGUCCUUGCUGGCCAUUGCUGUGGACCGCUACUUGAGGGUCAAGCUCACUAUCAGAUACAAGAGAGUGACCACUCAGAGAAGAAUAUGGAUGGCCCUGGGGUUCUGCUGGCUGGUAUCGAUCCUGGUGGGGUUGGUCCCCAUGUUUGGCUGGAAUCAGAGAAUGAACCCAGGGGGCUCUGGAAACUCCAGCUUCCUCCCGUGCCUCUUCCGCUCAGUUAUGAGGAUGGACUACAUGGUCUAUUUCAGCUUUUUCACCUGGAUCCUCAUCCCACUGGUCAUCAUGUGUGCCAUCUAUGUUGACAUUUUCUAUGUCAUCCGGAACAAGCUCAGACAGAACCAAUGUGGCUCUAAAGAGACAGGGGCCUUCUAUGGGAGGGAAUUCAAAACAGCCAAGUCCUUGCUUCUCAUCCUCUUCUUGUUUGCCUUGUCCUGGCUGCCUUUGUCCAUCAUCAACUGUGUUUCUUAUUUCUUCCCUGAGGCUGAAAUACCCCACCUCUUGCUUGCUUUGGGCAUUCUGCUGUCCCAUGCCAACUCUAUGAUGAAUCCCAUUGUAUAUGCUUUCAAAAUAAAAAAGUUCAAGGAAACCUACCUCCUAAUCCUCAAAUCCUACAUCCUACACAUGUCUUCUGAUUCCUCGAGCACUGAGCAACCUUCCGAAAAGAAAUCCUGGGAGUGACGUGGCCAGUCCCCUUGACCUCGUCACUUCCUUUGCUGGAGACCAAAGGGGUCCUUUGCUUCAUCACCCCAUUAACUGGAUCUACGCCUCUCUCUGUCUUUGCUCUGCAGAGGAUUGGACUCCAGAUGACAACUAUUGGAAAACUCCACGCCCCAUACUUUGCUUUCUUCUGAGGAAGUCAGAGCAAUAAGUGACAGAGAUUGCUCCAUUUUUUUAUCAGUAAAAUGGGAACUAAAAGACUCAGUAGGUGGUAAACAUGUUGGGUGAUGAUUGAGUUCUGUACCCUUGUAUCUACCCUCCUCCUAACAACGGCCCCAUUCUUUUUUUUUUUACUUGUGGGUUUUUUUUUGGGGGGGGUAGAGCAAUGAGGGUUAAGUGACUUGCCCAAGGUCACACAGCUAGUAAGUGUCAAGUGUCUGAAGCCGGAUUUGAACUCAGGUCCUCCUGAAUCCAGGGCCAGUGCUCUAUUCACUGCACCACCUAGCUGCCCCUGAUGGCCCCAUUCUUUUUAUUUUUUAUUUUAUUUUAUUUUUGAUGACCCCAUUCUUAAUACCUACUGGGAAGGAUGGGUGGGAAGCAGACUGAACAAAAUGAUGGUUUGAACUAUUGAAUUAACUUGUGGGUAUAUUUGAUGAAAUAAAAGAU